AAUCGUGUAUAUUCCCGUUCUGGCACUGAAGGUGGAGCCUGGGGGCGUGUUCAAGGUGAGGAAGGGUGUGGAGUACGGGUGAGAAGAGCUGGAGCUGAGAGUGGGACACGUUUGGACGGCAGUCGUGGCAGGAGAUUGCGCACACCUCUGGACACUGACAUCACCACCCGGACCAGCGCCAUGAGCGACCAAAAACAUCCCCCUCCCUACACCAUCCCAACUGUAGCAGACAGUCAAACUGACAAGGUGAAGGUCUACCAUGUCCACACUCCGUUCAACGCUUCCUUACCGGACCAGUCUCAGGCAGUACCAGUGUACACCGGCGGAGGCGGAGGUCCGGGCGCAGGCUACGAUGGCGAGGGUAAAAGUAACUUUAGGAGCUACGACACCGGACUGGGACGUACUUCCGGCAUGACCACGUGCCCCUCCUGCAAUCAGCAAGUGAUGACCAACGUUGAAUACAAAGCAGGAACCUACGCAUGGCUGAUGGUUCUACUCUUCAUCUGCCUCGGGUUGUGGCUGUGCUGCUGCCUGAUCCCACUGCUGAUGAAACGAUUCAAGGACGCGCACCACUUUUGCCCUCGCUGCAACAGACUGCUGCACGUGGAGAAGAAACAAUGCUGUGAAUGAGGCACAUGAAGGCAGAAACGAAGACGUACGCUACUAAGCAUCCCCGUACCUUUGUCCCGGCACCCCUUACUGCUACUAUUAACAUUAAAAAACUUGACUUAUUUCUACGGAGGAGCGUGCUUGAAUGACUUAAACGUUGACCUACUUACACCGGAGCGAUUCAGUGAAACCCUCCCAGGCACUUGUUUGGGAGUCAUUACUACCGAUACAGCAACAAAUAGUUCAAAUGAAGGCUUGUACAAACAUUUUAUCCUCUUAAGAAGUGAUUAUUCAUAUGCGGAGGAAUAAACAAAGAAAACACCCAGAAAACAGGCUCACACUUUGGCGUGAGCAUUGUUUCGUUGCCUCCCUAACGUGUGUGUGAGUGCAGCUAAGCUACUGAGUGUGUGUCCGAUAUGCUGUUUAUGAAGGACGUGAAGCAAACUGGCAAAGAAAGGCUCAGGUCACGUGCAACACACUGUGCAAAACAUCUUUCGCGUGUCCAAACGCAGUCUUAUAACAGGACAUGUGAGAUUUUAUGUUUUCGCAUAAACCCUAUUGCUUUUUUUUAACUUCAAAAUUCUAAGAUUUAAAAAGUAUAGCUUCCUCUUGCUCUCUGACCAAUCCCACAGUUGUGACUUCAAUAUUUGUCCAAUAAAACUAGUCUAUACAAGUAAUAAA